AUGUCGAAUAAUUCAUUAACUACAACAACUCGAUUAAGGAUAAAGGAACCCGUGUAUACAUCGGAUAAACGAGCUAAAUUUACGCAAAGAGAAAAUAAGAAAUGGAUUCGGUUCUGUACAGUCGUAGGCUAUAUAUUUUUUGUGUCACUACCAGCGACAUCAUUGAGUAUUUAUUAUAUAUGGAUUUGGGAUCCCGAUUAUAUCAGCAGAUUUCCACUUGAUAGGAAUCAGACGCUGAAGACCGAUUAUAAUAUCAAGCCGAUAUCAUCAUGGGCAAGACAAGGCGGUAGAUUAAAAUAUAAACCGGAUCGAAUUAAAGAAAACACUAGCAGUAGGAUUGGCAAAAACCUGAUUACAGCAUCUUUGUAUCCUUCAUUCACUCGAACAACUGGACGAUUUGUGAAACAGAUGCCGUUUAAAGGAUCGCAUAAAACAUCACAGCAUAUUGAAUCAUCAAAUACCGCAGAUCAGCGGCUGAAAAUGAAACCAAGCCGAGCAUUUUAA